GUGAACUGGUGUGGUCUGUGCUGCUGUCUGGGCUCCCAGCUGUGCCCAGCUGCCUUGGUAGCUCUGUGCUGGGCAUCCCUGACCACUGGAGUCCACACGUCUGGUGCCUGCCCUGUCCUGGUGUGGUGGCCCUGGCCGUGGUUCAGCCUCGGAGCUGGCCGGGAGGGGGCGAAUCAAUGAAUUCCCCAAACAGGGAGGUCCGGGGGAGGGGAGAGCAUCCCGGCACAGGAAAAAGUGCAGGCAGUGACGCACGGCUGGCAGAGCAGUGCCGGCCGCCCUGAGAGCACAGCCCUAUGCGCCGCCCCGGAGCCUCGCGCCCUCCUGCACCACCCACCGUGAGUGAGACCCCUUUCCCCAGGGACCCCUUACCCAGCCCCAUGGUGGGGCCACAGGGGAGUGGGCGGGUGCUGUGGGCAAGGGCACGUGGACCGUCAGCACAGGCAGAUUCCCCAGCAGUGAGGGGUUGUUUUUGGAGUCAUGUCUGAUAUGAUCUCCGGGAUGCCAGUACCCCUCGAAGUGGCACCGUGCCCUCGAGGUGGGGACGGCAGCAAUGUGGGGCACAGGCAGCGGCAAAUCCAGGCAAAGCAGCCUCGUGGGAGGACACAGGAGGAUGCAGCAGGUCCCCACCAGGACCCUCUGCAGCCACAGCGCUCUCGCGGGAGGUGACGGAGGUGACGCCUGUCCCUGUCCUGCAGGUGGUCCCCACUGCCGCCCCAUGUUCCGCUCACGCCGCGCGGGGCUCGUGCGGCGGCUGUGGCGGCAGCGCUGUGCAACAGCGGGCCCCGAGGACGGCCCCAGCACCCUCAAACCAGCAGCUCAUGCCCUCUUCAAGAAGCUGAAGGAUGAGGAUCUGGAGCUGCUGGUGCUGGCAGUGGAGAGCCGGGGCGCUUGGGAGUCCAGCUGUGUUUGGGCACCACGGGGGGAUGCGCGAGGGGCCAAGCAGGGGCUCCCCCCUCAAGUCCUGCUCUGCCGCCUCUUCCGCUGGCCCGACGUUCACCAGCCCCAUGAGCUCAAGCACCUCUGCUACUGUGCUGGGCACCGGGGGGUCUGCGGGGACUUGGCUGCACUCUGCUGCAACCCCCACCACUUCAGCCGCCUGGCUGUACCUGAGACCCCACCACCCUCCUACUCGAAGGCAUCCUGUGGUCCCUCCUGGCCAGACGAGCCCCAGCACCCUGGCACUCAGCUCCUAGAGUUCAGCUGCAAAGGUGGGGACUGGCACGACACCAGCCUCUCACAGAGCACCAUCAAGGAUGGCUGCUGGUGCAAACUGGCUUACUGGGAGCACCGGACACGUGUGGGCCGCCUCUACGCCGUGCACGAAGCAUCAGUGAAUGUCUUCUGUGAGCUGCCAUGGGGCAGCGGGUUCUGCCUGGCCCAGCUGCCGGCUGCCCACCGCAGCCGUGCUGUCCGGCGGGCACGUGGCAAGAUCGGCCGGGGGCUGCUGCUGAGCCGGGAGCCAGGCGGCAUCUGGGCCUACAAUCGCAGCAAGCACCCCAUCUUCGUCAGCUCGCCCACCUUGAGCCCCCCCGGGGCCCGCAGGCUCACUGUCCUCAAGGUGCUGCCUGGCUACUCGGCAAAGGUGUUUGACUAUGAGCAGGUGGGGGGCAAAGGGGGCUGGCGGCUCCCCGGGGAGGGGCCCUCUGACCCCCACAGCAUCCGCAUCAGCUUUGCCAAGGGCUGGGGACCCUGCUACUCCCGGCAGUUCAUCACCUCGUGCCCGUGCUGGCUCGAGGUCCUGCUGAACCAGCUGCGCUGAGGGGCUGGGGCCUGUGGGGGGAUGUCAGGGAGCUCGCCCAGAGCAGGUGCACAAGCCAGGGGGCCCCUCCACCACUCUCCAGCCUUUGUCUUCCAGGGCUGUGCUGUAGCAGGACUGUCCUGACUCUGGGGACCCUCUGCCCUAGCCCUGAGGGGCAGUGCCCCCUGUGCCUGGCUCACCACCCUGCCAGCACCUGCUGCCCCCAACCAUGGGGCUCUCAGUGACACGAGGAGCUAUUUAACGUAUUCUUUUAAUUUUAUUACUUUAAUAGUUAAAUAUAUAUUAAUUUAUCUAUUCUUGCAAAACAAACCAAGGUGUGAGGCAGGAGUCCCCGCUGGCCAGGCCAGGCCUCGGGAGGUGGCAGCCAGGGCAGAAUGGGCUGUGGGGAGCAGGAGAGAAGGGAGGUGGGACAGAGUGGGGGGCAGGAGGUGGGCUGUGGGCCUGCCUGGAUGUCACAGCAAGCAAGGGGAAAGAAAAUGAACUGUCACUGCUGGGGUGGAGUGGGGCCAUGAGUACAGCUGGGAUACGGGGCAGGUGGAUGGGUGUGGGGCAAGUUAGCACAGCUGGAGUGUGGGGCAGGUUAGAACAGCUGGAUGAGUGUGGGGCAGGUGCUGGGGCAGGUGAGCACAGCUGGAGCGAAUGGGGGGGCAGGUCAGCGCCCCUGGGGUGGAGGUCGGUGCAAAGUCUCCCAAGGCGGGGUUGCCAGGCCCCGGGCGGUCCUUCAGCCGUGGCAGCGCAGGGACGCCCCGGGCGAGUGCAGCUGCGGGGGUCCCCGAUUUCCCAUGCCGCGUCUGCUGUUUUUAACCCCAAUAAACGGUGCCGCCGGCACCAAGAGAC